UUGUCCUUGAUUAUCUUUCUUAAAGAUACACACGGUUACGCAGACAGUGCUGGCGGCUCUCAUCUAAGGCUGGGCAGCUGGGAGCUCUCAGUUGUGUGAGAAUCGGGGGAGCGUAUGGCCCCUUGGUUCACCGAACGCGGGUCCCGGUCCCGGAGCAGCCGCCUCUGGCUGGGGACCCGGAGGUGGAGCCUGCCUGCUCACCGCCGCAGCGACUUGCCUUCUGCUUUCUCUCUGCCGGCUGUGCAUUGGCUCUCCGUGCCACGCGUGCCGUUCCUCGGAGUGGAAUAGGCAGGGCGUGCUCGCAGACCGCGGUCCAAACUGCAGUUUCUAUUUGGGGGACCCAGGGAGAAGAGCACCGGGAAGGAAAGACAGCACCAGUGCCAUGGGCCAGCUUUGCUGCUUUCCUUUCUCAAGAGAGGAGGCAAAAAUCAGUGAUAAGAAUGGAGGUGAGCCUGAUGAUGCUGAACUGGUAAGGCUCAGUAAGAGGCUGGUGGAGAACGCGGUGCUCAAGGCUGUCCAGCAGUAUCUGGAAGAAACACAGAACAAAAGCAAGCCAGGGGAUGGGAGCUCUGUGAAAACUCAAGAGGCUGAUAGGAAUGGCACUGACAGUGACAACAACAGGAAAUGAGACCCCAAUGCAGGCAGGCCCCCCCGCUGCUCCGUGAGAAGCAUCCGGCUCCCCUCUGCUGAGUCAACGGACUACUUUGCAUUGUGCUGUUUAAAUGUCUCUUGUCCAAGCUGUGGAGAUCGCCUAAUACUUUCGUGAUCAAUGUGUUUGCAUUUCUGAAGCACAACAGAAGAGAAUGGAGUGCCGUGGCUAGCAGAGGAAACUCACUUAUGAAAGAAUGGCCCAAGUUUCACCUACCCUCAGCCAUGGCCAAGGGAAAGGGGACUUUGGGUUAUGCCUCAUGGACUCAAAUUAAAGGCCUUGGAAGGGGCCUUGCCAUAAAUGGAAUACUGCCAUUUAUAUUGCUUAGCAGGGCAUUUGACCACUUUACCUGAGGCCAAAACACACACACACAGCUAACAAGUGCUAAGUUUAAAAUAAUCACUGUUGAAAUCGUUUUCCAUACUGUCAGUCCAUAAUGUCUCACACUUGUCCUGUGUCUGCUGUGGCUAUGCAGUGAUUUUUAUUUACCGUAAAUUCGUUUCAUGCAAAUUAUAUAUUUUUGGCAAAAUGCAACCUUUUCUAUAACAUGUGGGCAACAUUUUAAAGGUUUCUUUUAGCCUUCUUUUGAUAAGUCAGUGUGCCAUAUUUAAUGUCUUUCACUGGCAUUUGUAUGUAAAAUGUAUUAUAUAAUUUUUUUUUCCCCUAGGCAAGAAACCUAUUGGAUUCCGGGACUUAAUUAAUGAAGCUUUGCGUCGAGAAAGGAUGGGUCUGAAGUCCAAAGUGAAACAGAUAAAGGAACUUUUAUUAAAACCUGAGACUCAGGCCAGGAUUAGGAGGGAGCUUUUUGAAGGAAGAUCUGUUAACAACAGUAAUCAAGGAAACCAGGUUGAUUUCGGCGCAACUUUGACGUAAGCGCUACGCUGUUAUCACGGUACCAUAGUUAAUGAAACCUUUUCAGAUGAUUUCAUAGGUCUUUGGUAAAUACCAAAAAGUGUUUUCAUGGUGUCCACACAACAGCAAACCAACAUUUGGUAAGGAAUGAAUAAUUUCCUGCCAAAGAAAACAGAUUCUGCCCUGUUAUGUUUUAAACUCAACUUGUGUUCUGGUAUGUUUGUUUCUGUACUAUCAAAAGUUACUUUAUAGAAAGGACUUCUUAAUUAGCCUUUGUGAGAUGUUCCUUGGGUUCUCACAGAUAAAAUACACAGACUGAAAAAUCAUUUACAUACAAAAAAAAAUACAGUGUUUUAAGGAUCACUUGCCUUCUGUUGAUGUGAUUUUUGUUGUCAUUAAAUCAGAAGUAGUAUUGUCCACAUAUGUCUGUAUCUAGUGUUACUUUUAAUGGGGAUUUGAAUGUUUAUUGAACAUUAGUACUUGAAUGAACAUUUAUAAGCGUAAUUAUUACAAUUACUGGUUAAGAAUGUUUUAUAAUAUCCAUAUGUAUUAUUUUUCAAUGAUCAAAAUGUAGUUUGCUUUUUCAUUUCUUAAUGAAUAAAUGUUUGGGAUUUUUAUUUUCUACUUUUCUGAAGAUAAGCCCUAGGUCUUACUGUAUCCCUUAUAAUCUGAAUUUGUUUGCACUGGUUCAUUUUUAAAGAAAAUUCUUGAAAAAUUUCCCCCCACGUGAUAAUCUUUGGUAACAGCUUUUUCUAUGGUCAUUGCAAAAUGGCUGCUACUAAGAGAUCAUGUUGGAGAGGAAAUUAUUGGAGAUCAAAUAUGUAAUCAUUUCAGAUACAAAAUCCAGCUUACUCAUGGAUUUUAGCUAUUUUUUCACUGGGUAAAUUCUACAUUUAUUUAUAAAUGAGUUUAUGCAUUUUCAUGCCUCUUAAUAAAUGUAUUGUUUUUCCCUUUU